GAGACAGAGGUCAAGAAAUGGAGAGAACAAGAGACAGGGAAAGGCAGAGACAGGGAUAAAGACAGAACAGACCCAUCGGCUUCUAGAGCAGGAGAGACUGAGGGAGGAUUCCUAGGUAAGGCCCAAGAACCUGAGAGGUGCAGAGAGACCGGUGCCAGGCCACAGGGGUGGCGGGUAGCUGGGGGGCAUCCUGGCCGCAGCCUCCAGGGUGCCCGGCAGCAGCGUUUUCUCCUGGCGGGCAUGCGCAUGGUGUCUGGGUGUGUCUGGGUGUGCCCGGGUGUGUCUCCAUCACUCUCCCGCGUGUCUCUACACAGAUUGGGAAUCACAUGGGUGCCACGGACUGGGCGGGGCACCAGCACGGGUUGUGUUUCUGUCACCGGGCGUGUCUGUGUGUGUGCGGUUUGGUGUCUCCGGGUGUGUCUGCGUGGACUGUGUUGGUGCAUUGCCAGACAUGUCUGUGCGUGAGUGUCUCGUUUCCCUGUGGCUGGCGGGUCCGUGUUCCUGCCUGACAUCCGACAAGGGAGGGAGAGGGGUCGUGUCUGUGAGCUCCCUCUAGAGUGGUGCCUGCCUGGCCACCGGCUAUGUCUCAGAGGUCAGUGUGUGCGAGGUGUUUAGUGUAACCCGGCCAGCAUCUCCCCAGAGUUUGGGUCUGUGUCCCCACGUACGGUACACCGACCCGUGUGCUUUUCUGGCGCAGCUGCACGCGGUGACAUUCCAGCACACAGCAUGUCCCUCCGGGAGUCACCCUGUACUGCCAUUUGCUGUUCUGUCCGUCACCGUGUGUUGUGUCUCUGUUACAUGCCUUUUUUGUGCGAAGGUGAGCUAUCAGUCAGAGAUGUGACCCCAUGGGUCAUGCCCGGGGCUGUGUCCAUAUUGGGGCAGGCUCUCCUUUCCCUGCUAAGAACACAGUGUGGGUGCCCACACUCAGAGUGUGCUGUGUUUGUGUGGCUGUGUAGUGCGCCGCAGCGGAGGGGAGCCCCUGGUGUGGUGUGUGAUGUUGUUGCAGGCUUAGGUGUCGGCUGUGUCGGUGGGUCACACCUGAUGUUUUACGUGAUCCAGGGUGUUCACAAAAGGUAGUGUUGGGAAAUACUGUGGCAGCAUGUUUUGUGUCACUCGGUGUUUGUGUGGCCACGUGUGUUGGAGUAUAUGGUGUGCCAUUUGUGGCUUGUCAGUCAGAGGCGAUGCUGCAUUUCCACGGCAGGGGCCCCGCCCCCACCCUCACCCCCAGGGCUACUAUUCUAGAUUGUGUCCCUGUGAGGCACCAAAACCUAUCCUGGGCUGUUUGGGUUUCUGUGUGUGUCGCUGUGCACUGCGGGUCUCUACACAUGGCCGUUCCCACUGUUCCGACCACAUGCUUGAAUGGCUCCAGGUGCUGGGGCGUGUUGUGUGUCCUGGUGAGUCUGUGUGCGCUGUGGAUCGUUGUGCAAGUGUAUAUACUUGACGUGUCACGUGCCAUCCGCGUGCGUUUCACUGUGUGCUGGGGGCCUGAGGACUGCCAAGGUGUGUCCCCAAAUGUUGUGUGUCUGCACGUGUUGGGCGCCAGUGCACGGGUGGAUCACGUCUGGGGCGCCGUUAGCGCACGGUUCACACAGGGAUGUUGAGUGCGGCUCGUGGGUGUGACUCAGUAACCUGAUGUGUGUCCGUGGAACCGUUAGUGUGUGUCGUGCUAAUGGAGCAAGAGAGCCCGGGGGUGACUGUCUGGGCAAGAGGAUGUUGUCCCAGUUUUGAUUGCAGUUUUUUGUGCCUGUGUGUGAACGGUCUGGGUGGUCACGGGAGCCACAGGGCACUGCCUGCCGUGCUGAGUGCCGGCGUGUGUCACACCAUCUGUGUGGUGUCGGGUGUGGCUGUGGGCUGCAGAGCUCAUCGGGGAGUUGUGAGUCACUCACUGUAGGUUGUGGUGUGUGCCCCAUGUGUGUUCGGCCCUGUCUCCGGCUGUGGGGUGUGUGAGGGUUUGUCACCGGGUGUCUUGUGGUGUCUGGGUGUGGCUGAGUAUAGGUGUGUGUUACAGAGGGCAGACCGUUGUGUGUGACACAAUCUAUUGUGUGCCAGUAUGUGUCUUCAUCCACGUGGAUGCACGCCUCUUCCUUGCUCUGCCCCAAGACACACCCCAGUCCCUCCUCAGGCUGCGAAGGGUGGUUGGGGAGCCUUCCCUCUGCCCAAGGGCCACGCCAGCCCCUCCCUGCCCUGCCCAGCCGUCACCACCCCCAGAGGGCACAGACUCCUCUGUGCCUCAAAGCAAGAGCCCCAGAGCGAGGAGCAGAGCAGGCCGAGGACCUGCAAGCCACAGUGGCUGCCCUUUGUGUGCUGCGAGGUGGGGGACCCUGGGCAGGAAGCUGGCUGAGCCCCAAGACCGCAGGGGCCAUGGGCGGGGAGCUGGUGCCAGGCCUGGGGGCCCUACAGCGGCGAAAGCAGCUGCUGGAGCAGGAGAAGUGGCUGGCCGGCUGGGCGCUAGCGCUCGCGGGAAUUGGCAUUGGACUCAUGGUGCUGCAUGCGGAGAUGCUGUGGUUCGGAGGGUGCCCGUGGGCGCUCUACCUGUUCCUGGUUAAAUGCACCAUCAGCAUUUCCACCUUCUUGCUCCUUUGUCUUAUUGUGGCAUUUCACGCCAAAGAGGUCCAGUUGUUCAUGACCGACAACGGGCUACGGGACUGGCGCGUGGCGCUGACCGGGCGGCAGGCAGCGCAGAUCGUGCUGGAGCUGGCUGUGUGCGCGCUGCAUCCCGCGCCGGUGCAGGGUCCGCCGUGCGCCCAGGGUUUGGGGUCCGGGCCCACGGCGGCGGCAACGCAGUCCUGGCCGGGCUUCCUGGAUGAGGGCGAGGCGCUGCUGUCGCUGGCCAUGCUGCUGCGCCUCUACCUGGUGCCCCGCGCCGUCCUCCUGCGCAGCGGCGUCUUGCUCAACGCGUCCUACCGCAGCAUCGGUGCCCUCAACCAGGUCCGCUUCCGCCACUGGUUCGUGGCCAAGCUGUACAUGAACACGCAUCCCGGUCGCCUGCUGCUCUGCCUCACGCUUGGCCUCUGGCUCACCACCGCCUGGGUGCUGUCGGUGGCUGAGAGGCAGGCCGUUAAUGCCACCGGACACCUUUCAGACACACUAUGGCUGAUCCCCAUCACAUUCCUGACCAUUGGCUAUGGAGACGUGGUGCCAGGCACCAUGUGGGGCAAGAUUGUUUGUCUCUGCACUGGAGUCAUGGGGGUCUGCUGCACAGCCCUGCUGGUGGCCGUGGUGGCCCGGAAGCUGGAGUUUAAUAAGGCAGAGAAGCACGUGCACAACUUCAUGAUGGACAUCCAGUACGCCAAAGAGAUGAAGGAAUCAGCUGCCCGAGUGCUGCAAGAGGCCUGGAUGUUUUACAAACACACACGCAGGAAGGAGCGCGGGGCUGCCCGCAGGCACCAGCGCAGGCUGCUGGCCGCCAUCAACAGGUUCCGCCAGGUACGACUGAAACACAGAAAGCUCCGGGAACAAGUGAACUCCAUGGUGGACAUCUCCAAGGACCCAUGGAGGAAGAACCAAGCUACUUUCCCCAGGAUUGAGGUGGAGGACACUGUCCCUGCUACUCCUGACCCAGCCCUAUGAAUAAAGCACCUCAAGUGCAAGGACCAAAGGGGCCCCACCUUAGGGUGGUCUCACUGACUGACUGACUGAGGAGACACUGGCUCAAGGAGAAAGGCUGUGGCCACACACACCCAAACCCCUGCCCCAAAAGGGAAAAUGGUCUCACUACUAUCCCACAUACCCUGGACAAAAACAUCCUUACUAUGCUGCUAUGGAUGGCCUCCAGCUUUCAGUUAGAAGUGGAGGUGCCUGGGGGCUGAGACUCCUGGGUCCCAGAGUCCAAGAUCCUGGGAUGCCUUAGUGACCACGGAAUUGCCGAGCUAAUGGAACCAGGCCUGAGGCUGAGGUGGCGGGAGGCAGCGCCCCCUGGCGGAAGGUCCGGGAGGACACAGUUUGCCAGAGCUGCAGAGAGUAUCUGGUGCAGAGAAGGGGGGUGGGGGGUACAGCUCACCAGUCUCUGCUCUUAACUUUGUAAUAAAUGUUCAACAAAGCCA